UGAAGAGGUGGGACUUCCGCUACAGUAAUGCCAGUAGAUCUAAGAUGGCGGACGUGUCGCCCAUCUGAGUGAGUAAAGAAGCAACAAAUAAUCAAGUUUGUUUGGAUCUAACCGAACACUAUCUAGACAUUUAACAUCAAGUUUUCGAAAGACUUCAGCCUUUGGAAAUGAAAGGGAAGGAGAGAUCGCCAAUAAAAAAACGCGCUCGGGCUCCGGAUGAAGGAAGAGACCGAGGAGGAAGCCACUCGAGCGGCAAGAAAGCUGGAACCAUAUCAGCAUCUGGUAGCAACAACUCGGUCCAAAGCGGUGCUUCUUCAAGGCGGAAUAUACACCCAGAUAAAAGAGACAUGAGAGACAUGGAGCAUAAUUCAUCUGGAAGGACUAGUAGCGGGUACGACUAUGGAGCAAAAACGCACGGCGGCGCUGACAUUUCUCCCGAAGCCCGCUCCGCUUCGCGGCCUCUGCCUAACACGGAAUGUGAGUACAAGACUUUGAAAAUAAGUGAACUGGGCAAUCAGCUCAAUGACGAAGAAAUAGAGGACGGGCUGUUCCAUGAGUUUAAAAAGUUUGGGGACGUCAGUGUUAAAAUCAGCCGAGAAAACGAUGAGAGAGUAGCGUUUGUCAACUUCCGGAGACCAGAUGACGCACGCGCAGCCAAACAUGCUCGUGGACGCCUUGUGCUGUAUGAUCGUCCUUUAAAAAUUGAGACUGUUUACAUAAACCGCAGGAGGAGCCGCUCUCCCGUUUCCAAAGACAAUUUUCUCCCAAGUCAAAGACCCUCGCACCCUCAAAGGCCGCUCUCGCCCCCUGUAGGCUACAGAGACUACCGCCUUCAGCAGUUAGCCCUGGGUCGCUUGCCCCCGCCUGCUCCGCCGCAUCUCAGGGACCUGGAGCGGGACAGAGACUUUUAUGACAAUCGCAGCAGACCGCCGUUCAUUCCCGAAUGCUUUCGUGAUGAUGACCUGUUGAACUCUGAGGACGGACAAAGGCCAAACCGGACUCUGUUUCUGGGAAACCUCGACGUGAGUUUGACUGAGAGUGACCUGCGCAGAGCAUUUGACCGCUUUGGAGUCAUCACAGAGGUGGACAUAAAGAGAGCAGUGCGAGGCCAGUCCAACACUUAUGGAUUUAUUAAGUUUGAAAACCUGGACAUGGCCCAUCGAGCCAAACUGGCCAUGUCUGGGAAGGUUGUGGGUCACAGCCCCAUAAAGAUCGGUUAUGGAAAGCCCACGCCCACCACCAGACUGUGGGUUGGAGGACUGGGUCCGUGGGUCCCCGUUGCUGCUCUGGCCAAAGAGUUUGACCGCUUUGGGACUAUUAGGACUAUAGACUACAGAAAGGGGGAGGCGUGGGCAUAUAUCCAGUAUGAGAGUCUGGAUGCAGCGCAGGCUGCUUGGACUCACAUGCGCAGCUUUCCACUGGGAGGCCCAGACCGCAGACUCAGAGUGGACUUUGCAGAAGCUGAAUCGCGCUACCAGCAACAGUCGUACAUACAGCUACCACUGCCAGUGUCCCACUUUGACCUGGUCCCAGAGCCCUUUGCUCAUAGACUACCAGAUUCUGUAAGACUAAGGGACAGGUCUCCUCCUCUUCCAGCUCGCUUCAGAGACAGAGACCCAUACCCCCCUGAGUGGUCCGGCCUCAACAUUCAUGAGCGCAUGAGAGGACCCCCCUUUGACCAUGCCGACCGCCUGGACCGUCAUUCCAGAGACUGUUGGACCAUUGAGCAUGAGCGAGACCUACAGAGCCGUGACGUGGGCCGCAAAAGGAGACAUUUGGAGGACGGGUGGCGGCAUGACCGUUCUCCAGACCACAAUGACUAUGUCCCACGUCGCCAUGGUAACUCAUUAGAGCGCAGCCCUGGAGGCAGCAGCCGGGACGGCCGCUACAGUGACUCUGAGCGCCUGCCUCGUUCGGGUCGGCCCUCUCCUGUCAAAGAGAGGAACAGUCAUGACUUUGGAGAGAAGAGGAGAAGGACUUCCAGCCCAAGCCGACCCAGUUUGGACCGAGAGCACAGCCGCAGAACCAGUGACUCUGGUAAAAGCCCCAGCAAACGGGAUGAGCGCGCAGACCGCACUCACUCAUCAAAGACCUCUCAGGCCUCCAAACGGACUGCACAGAAGCUGAGCCCGGUGUGGCAAGGUGUCCUGCUGCUGAAGAACAGCAGUUUCCCCACCUCGCUGCACCUGUUGGAGGGAGAUUUAGAGUUGGCCAGCAACUUGCUUGUGGAGGGCUCCACUGGAGGCCCUGUGUCCCAGCUGAAGAUCGCACAGCGACUGCGCUUGGACCAGCCUAAAUUGGAUGAAGUCUCUCGUCGCAUCAAAGCAGCGGGUCCUGGUGGAUACUCCAUCCUCCUGGCUGUUCCAGGGAAAACUGAAGAGGCUGCAGACAACAACUCCACAGAGCGGCCACUGAAAAACCUGGUGUCUUAUCUGAAGCAGAAGGAGGCGGCCGGCAUCAUCAGCCUCCCUGUGGGGGGCAACUCUCGAGAGAAGGACCACGCUGGAGUGCUUCAUGCUUUCCCUCCCUGUGAGUUCUCGCAGCAGUUUGUAGAUGCUGCGGCCAAAGCCUUUGCCAAAUCAGAGGAGGACUGCAUGGUCAUGGUCAUAAUCAGAGGAGCGUCCUGAGUAUUUUACACUGAUCUUUUGUCAGGGGUUGUUUACUGCACUGUGCCUUAGGGCUGAUUCUGGGUCAGAUUUGAUAACAUAAAUAAUUAUCAGUUAUGAAUAUUCUUUUUGUAAUCAGGACAUGUACAUGACUGUAAUGGUACUUACUAAACUCAAAAUAACUCAAUGCCACAUGUCUCUAUUGCCUUAAUAUUGGAUUUAAGUAGAAGAUUCAUUUAUUUUGAUUACAUUUUGUCAUUUGAGAGAAAACCAAUCUCCAAAGCUUCACCAAUAGAAGAACGCAGUACUUUAUAUUUGUUUUGACUUUUUGGACAGAGUGAAAUAUCAAAGUAGAAAAACAUUACUCCUUGGUUGUUGACUACUGUAGAGGAAAUGAGUAAGUGCCUGCACACUGUAAUGCAGUUCAACACAAUUUUAUUUUAACCAGAUUCAUUUCUAUUGUAGGUUUUGAUUUUGCGUUUAUACUUAAUUUAAACCCAAUGUGUUGCACUGCAUUAAGACAAUACAUUACCUACAUAAGACAAUUGUCCAUCACCAGUGCAAAAUGCCUAGUAAGUAUAUAGUCUUAUUUUUAUUACCUGGCAUAUAUGUUCAAAAAACAUAUUUUGAUUUAAAGCGAUGUUUGCGAUGACUAGAAGUCUUAAAAGAUCUAAUACAGAGAUAUUAUUUUGUUUAUUUCAGAAUUUGUCUUAUAGCAUAAAAAAUUUGAUAAUAUUUUUAUUUUAAUAUAGCUGCCCCAACAAAGCAUGUAUUGUGUAAAAUGUAAUGUUCCUAAAGAAGUAUGUGAAUAUAUUUCCUACAAUCAUUCAGAUCAAUAAUAUGAACUAUGGACAUUUGUGAACCGUACCAACAGUUUACUGUUCACUCUAAUGGACUAUUAAGUUUUCAUUUGAUUUAAGUACUUUGUCUGAAUGAGAAUGAUUAUUGCUGUAUACUCAGGAUAUGCUCUGGAGAGAAAUAUGGAGAACAUCUUUGCUCAAGAAGUAACUGUCAGAGAAACACAAAAGUGCAACAUGCACUUACAUACCUUUUGUCUCAAUAAAUUUGCUCUUUCGUGGGAAA